AUGGCGCUCUGGGUUCCAGUGCUGGGAGCCCUGCUGAUGUUCAUUGUGGCAUACCUGUGCCUGCCGGGGCUGUUCCGACAACGCAGGCCUCAGGAGCCCCCUCUGGAUAAGGGUGCUGUGCCCUGGCUGGGCCAUGCCAUGGCUUUCCGGAAGAAUAUGUUUGAAUUCCUGAAGCGCAUGCAGGCCAAGCACGGGGAUGUGUUCACAGUGCAACUAGGAGGCCAGUAUUUCACCUUUGUCAUGGACCCCCUCUCCUUUGGCCCCAUCCUCAGGGAUGCACAGAGAAAACUAGACUUUGUGCAGUAUGCACGAGAACUGGUGCUGAAGGUAUUCGGAUACCAAGCAUUGCCUGAGGACAACCGGAUGAUACACUCAGCCAGUGUCAAGUAUCUGAUGGGGGAUGGCUUACAGGAGCUCAAUAAGGCCAUGCUGCACAGUCUGUCCUUGGUAAUGCUGGGGCCCAAUGGCCGGAGUCCGGAUACCAGUUGCUGGCAUGAGGACGGCCUCUUUCACUUCUGCUACAAUACCUUGUUCAAGGCUGGCUACCUGAGCUUGUUCGGCUACACCAAGGACAAGGAGCAGGACCUGCUACAGGCAGAGGAUUUAUUUGCACGGUUCCGCAAGUUUGAUCUACUUUUCCCCAGGUUCGUCUACUCCCUGCUGGGGCCCCAGGAGUGGCUAGAAGUGGGCCGACUCCAGCGUUUCUUUCACAAGAGACUCUCUGUGAACCACAGCCUGGAGAAAGAUAGCAUAAGCAAGUGGAUAUGGUACAUGCUUCAGUUUCUGAGGGAGCAGGGAGUAGACGCAGCUAUGCAGAGCAAGUUCAACUUCAUGAUGCUAUGGGCCUCCCAGGGAAACAUCGGACCUACUAGUUUCUGGGCCCUCUUAUUCCUCCUGAAGCACCCAGAAGCCAUGCAGGCUGUGAGGGAGGAGGCCACCCACGUCCUGGGUGAGGCCAGGCUGGAGGCCAAGCAGUCCUUCGUCUUUGAAUUCAGCGCCCUGCAGCACACCCCAGUGCUGGACAGCGUGCUAGAGGAGACACUGCGGCUGGCGAGUGCACCUACCCUCCUCAGGGUGGUGCACGAUGACAACUCUAUCCUGAAGAUGGCCAGUGGCAGGGAGUACCUCCUCCGCGGUGGAGACAUCGUGGCCCUCUUCCCCUACCUCUCCGUGCAAAUGGACCCUGACAUCCACCCCGAGCCCACUGCCUUCAAGUACAAUCGCUUCCUCAACCCCAAUGGCAGCCGAAAAGUGGACUUCUACAAGGCGGGCACGAAGAUCCACCACUACACCAUGCCUUGGGGCUGGGGUGUGUCCAUCUGCCCUGGGAGAUUUCUGGCCCUCAGUGAAAUGAAACUCUUUGUCCUGCUCAUGGUCACACACUUUGACCUAGAGCUGGUGGACCCUGAUACACCUGUGCCUGCUGUGGACCCACAGCGCUGGGGCUUUGGUACCACACAGCCCAGCCACGACGUGCGCUUCCGCUACCGCCUGCAGCCUAUGAAGUGA